CUUAUCACCAGUCCUCUCAUGAACUCCACUAGAUCUCAUUUCUACCCAUUGACCAUCUCUCAUCCCGCAUAGAGCACUUUUCUUAAUCAGGACGAACCAUCUACAACCGCACAAGUAAAGCCUGCCGCCAUCUGAGCGUACAUACAUCGCCGGCGGCAUCUCGUGCAUCCAUCUCCCUUCAAACCCAUCCAGACGUCGAUGCCCAGGCGACCGUUCAAGCGUCUCCAGGAGGAGCCUGAGGAUAUUGACACUGACCUUGUUGACCAGAUAGAACUGUCUGAGCCAAGCAGCAGCCACCAACAGAGCAACACCAACCAUGCUUCCUCACAUCCACACUCGCCGCUCUCGGACAGAGCCGGUCCUCCCUCCGCUAGACCGGGCCAUGAAUCACAGCCACGGAGAUCGAUGCAUCAGGUCGACAUGGAUUUGGAGUGGCCCAUGAUUGACAUUCCACAGGAACUGCGGGAGUUACGCGAUCAGGAUGACUCGAAUGCUCGGUCCAACUCGCAGGCUGAUGCUAUCAGAAGUCCGUUCAAACGUCGCCUGUUCUUACUACUAGAGGAUCCGUCCUCCAGCAAUGCUGCGUUCGCGCUCAACGUCUGGGUAUCCUUUGCGAUUGUGCUGAGUGCUGUGAUCACUACAAUUGAAACGAUUCCUGCCUUUCGCUCAACGGACUCGGCCAUUUGGUUCUUCUUUGAGACCACCAUGGUUAUCUUUUUCACUAUUGAGUUCAUCGCGCGUAUCAUCUGUCAUUCGGACUCGCUCAAGCAGCUCAAAAAGUUCCUUCUGUCACCGCUGGCUAUUAUCGACUUUUUGUCCAUCAUACCCUACUACAUCGAGUUUGCCUUGGCACAGGAUACGACCGUGUACUUCCGGUUCACGAUCAUGCGUCUCUUCCGUCUGUUGCGCGUGUUCCGCACUUUCAAGUACUCUUCUACGAUCAUUAUGACGAUCGAGGUCAUGAUCGUGGCCAUCAAACGGAGUAUGGAUGCCCUCAGCGCCUUGUUCUUCUUCCUGAUCACAGGGACGAUGCUCUUCUCCACGCUUCUUUACUUUGCAGAGCGAGGGGAGUGGGAUGAGGCUAGACAGGUCUUCGUGGAUGCCAACAACAACCCGAGCACGUUCGACAGCAUCCCAGCCGCAUUCUGGUUUGUCAUGGUCACGAUCACGACCACAGGAUACGGGGACAUGGUGCCGACAACGUUCAUUGGCAAGUUGAUCUCAUUUCCGGCGAUGAUGUGCGGUAUCUUGCUGAUCACGCUGCCGUCGAUUAUCAUUGGGCGGAACUUUACGCUCGUCUGGGAGGCGAUGCAGCGAUAUAGACGGCAAACUGCAGCCAAUGCCCGGGAGCCAAAUGUCACAUCUAGCGAUGAGCCAAGGCAGAGUUUCGACAGCAAUCAUUCGUACGAGGAUGCGUCAUCGAGACCUGGAUACUCGUCCUUGACCACCAGCGGAGCCGUUCCAGGACAGCAAGAGUUGCUGGACCGUCUGGAGGCGAUGACCAACGUGUUGAAACGGAAUCAACACACCAUGGACAUAUUACAAAAGAUUCUGGACUCGCACGAUCUUGUGCCCAAAAAAUCUCCUUUCGAAGAGACCACUGCUCUGUAGAAUGCGGUCGCAUGUCCUGAAGUGGAUUACUCUUUCAUAAAUAAAAAUGCUUCAGAUCGCCGCUCUAACAAACAUACGAUUUACGUCGAGCAUUUUUAGACCUCGGAUUACCAAGCUUCCGUGGAAGCAUUGAGGGCGUUUUAUCCUUCUGAAGCAAAACAGUGGGCUGG